AUGAAAGCGUGCGUCAUUCACCAUACAGGUGAUGCCUCUGUAUUGAAACAUGAAACUGAUUUUCCAAAACCCUUGUUCGACAAAUCAACUUCCGAUCAAAUAUUGAUCCGAGUCGUUUAUGCUGGUGUAAAUUUCAUCGACACUUAUUUCAGAAGUGGAUUAUAUCCAGUUCCAUCGUUUCCAAAAGUUCUUGGCCAAGAUGGCAGCGGUUACAUUGAAGAAAUUGGAGAUCAAGUACCAAGUACUUGUGGACUCAAGGUUGGAGAUCGUGUUGCUUUUACGUCAGGAUCUGGCUCUUAUGCAGAAUAUGUUCUCUCUGGAUUUGUGAACGUGGUAAAAAUUCCUGACGAGGUUUCAUUCCAAGAUGCUGCAGCUUGUAUGGUUCAAGGAUUGACUGCUUAUUAUUUGGCAUUUGACAUUCCAAGUGCAAGAAAUGAUAUUGUUUUAGUUCAUGCAGCUGCAGGCGGAACAGGUCGUGUACUGGUUCAAAUCUUGUCCAAAAUCAAGAAAGUGAAAACAAUUAUUGGAACCGUUGGAUCUGACGAGAAAAUCUCAAUUGCAAAAGAUUUAGGAUGCACUCAUGUGAUUCAAUACAAGAGAGAAGAUGUGGUUCAACGAGUGAAAGAAAUUACCAAUCAGGCAGGUGUGGAUGUAGUUUAUGAUGGUGUUGGUAAAGAUACAUAUUCAGCUUCACUAAACUCGUUGGGAGUAAGAGGAUUGUUUAUUAGUUUUGGAAAUGCAUCUGGACCAGUACCUCCAAUUUUACCCUUAGACUUGAGUGCAAAAGGUUCCUUAACAUUUACAAGACCUCGAAUGGGAGAUUUUGUGAGAACUCAUGAUGAAAUGCGAGAAAAAUCAGAGAAAGUCUUUUCAUGGGUUUCACAACAAGCCAUUUCCAUGAAGAUUCACAAAAUUUUCAAACUUGAAGAGGCUGCCGAUGCACAUCGAGAAAUUGAGGAUCGUAAAACCUUGGGUAAGAUUUUGUUGAAAAUUGCCAGUGAUGAAUAA